CCCUGCAGAUGGAGUCGACAUAAAACCAGGAACAGCCAACUUGCUGCUCCUGUUGUUGCACGAUGGAGCAAACUACACAAGAUUAUGAACCCCCUCAAAAGAUAUUCACCUGUAAUUUAUGUGGUUUAGCCACCCCGUUCACCUACUACGGCCAGAAACCUCCCAACACCAGAGCCAUCGUGCUGCUGGAGGAGUGUUUUGUCACCAGGGACCCGUUCAAUCCAGACAAGGAGAAGUUUCUGGUUUUAGGGUCAAACUGCAGCCUGUGCAGCAACACCGUGUGUGUCGGAGCGGACUGCAGUCUUUUCUACACCAAGAGGUUCUGCAUGCCAUGUGUGAACAAGCACCUGGACCAGUUCCCUCAUCAGAUUCAGACUGAGCUGGCCAAGAAGAAGCAGAGCUCCAAGGCUGCCGUCCCCUGACACCCGGGCCACACGUCUAACCCGGGUCCCCAGCUCACCACCAGAGGCCCACAUGUACUGGUGAUGGUGCUGUAAGAGACGAUGAAACGGGCGGACACACUGAUCUGCAGGCUGCAGCGACUGAUGUGUCUACCUCUGUUUUCUCUCAUGUGCCAGCGGACAGUUUGCCUAAUCUUUGCGGGGUUUUUGACUGCAGUGGAAAGGCAGACAUCAACGGGCUGAAGCAAUCUCCUAGUUCUGUGAAAGGUAGCCCCUGGGGCUGAGAGUUGCGGGUGCCUUGGCUGUAAACACGGCUAUAGAAGAGGCUGUGCUUAUGGGUGAAUAUAGGGUCAGCCAUGGAAAAUGAGCACCAGCCACAAGCCAAAGAUGCAGAUAAAUGUUUCUGGCUGAUCAGUUCGGCUGCUCUACAAGCCCGCCAGGUUGCAUUUGUUGUGCUGUAAGGUUUUGCAGAAGCGAGCGGCAGAUGUCACUUUUGUGCCGGGAUCACCUGUUGGGCCUUGGUUGCCGGCCCAGAAUAAAUUUCCGACUUGUGGCAAUUAAAAUGUCUCCCAUUGAGCAAAAUGAUGUCAUGUGUACGGGUGAUUGCACUCUAGCACUAAAUUUGACAAAUUUCUCUAAUAGUAAUAUUUUUAGAAGUUGGCAAAAUGUCAAAGGACUGGGCUUUGCUACUACAAGAUCGUCUGGGAAGUACUGUACAGGACUUUUAUUAUGGGAUGAAUUUGGCUUUUCCCUAUAUUAAUUUCUGGCUGUGAUUUCAAACAAACAUUGUGUAAUCAUAAGCAUCUGGUAAUAAAAUCACUAUAUGUGCAGCUCUUUUCCAACCAAAGUGGAAGUAAAUUACACAAUGUGAGGAACAAAACAAACACCAAUAAACAAUCUGCAACAAUAAAGAGAAGACUUUGACUGUCGACACCCAUAGCUCAUUAAGCCCUCCUCAACAACAACAAAAAUCAUGACUCCCAAAACCAAACUAAUAAUACAGUGAGUUUAAAAUUACACGAGUUCAAUACAAGCUUGUAAAAUGAUAUUUCAGUUGUGAUGUAAAAGAAGAUAGAGUUAAUGUCUUUCCCUCAGGCUGGCAGCUCACCCAGACUGCAGAUAAGUGACAUAAGAGAAUAUUGUGACCAAGCAGACUGAUUUUUUUUUUUCUUUCUACCCCAAAAACUCACGGACUUGCACACAGGCUGUCUUCAAAUUAGAUGUGUGUACUUUCCACCAAUACAUACUGAUUUGUUAAAAGUGAUGUGAUCUUUUCCAGAGUGCAUUGUUGCUCACUAAUUCUGUUUUUCUAUGUGCCUCAUCUUACAAAGCUAUAAAAUCACAUGGACUGUGACCUUUCUGCAUUUUUGUGACUGUUAGACCAGGACUAAAUGCAUUACACACCAUUGUAUGGUUCUUGUUUUUUUUUGUUUUUUUUUAACAGACUAUAUCAGCUCUGUUUUAUCUCAGUAUGGAUGCAUUUUACUACUCAACAUUUUCUCCUUUUUUUCAUUUUGUAAUUUCUGGAAGAUUGUACCAUGCCAUACACCCAGAACACCCAGCCAAUAAAAAUAAAAACAACCGACCAAACAAGA